AAUCUGUGGUUACUUUCACAACUGCGUCAUACUUUCGCUUUAGCAGUCUUAUCUCCUAUUUCUAUUUUGAGAUUUUCAACUCUUAUUUAUUGAAGAUUUCAAAUUAGACUGUCCAAGUCAUAAUUUUCUAUCAUUACCCACCUAAGUAAAAUCUCUUUAAUUGAAUAAUAAUAUUAAGACGGUGUGAUACUAUAUAACCAUGGCCGAUAGUGACGAUGAAUAUGACCGCAAAAGACGCGAUAAAUUCCGGGGUGAAAGAGGAGCCGCUGAGGGCAGUAGCUAUCGCAGCAGUGAUCGUCGUGAAGAAAGAAGUAGAGGUCGUGAAGAUUGGUCGGAGAGGUCACGUGGUGGUCGCUCCGGUCCCGACUAUAGGGACUAUCGAGGUGGAGCUGGUGCCAGCCGUGGUUAUUCACCAGUUAGAGGAGAAGGGCCACCAAGCAAACGUAUUAGACCAGAUUGGCCUAUAGAAGACCGGCGAUAUGGAGGGAUGCCUCAUGACUCAUAUGGAUCAUAUGGUUGGGCACAUGAUCACUUUGGGCCACAUCCAGCCCACCAAGGGUACGGUCAACCAAUGCCACCAGUACCAGCUAGGUAUGUUAAUAAACCAGACAAUGUGCUACCGAUGGGGCCAGCAGAUGGUCCACCUACUAUGAUGUCAUUCAAGGCAUUCUUAGCUGCUCAAGAUGAUUCCAUCACUGUUGAUGACGCCAUACAAAAGUAUAAUGAAUACAAGCUUGAAUUUAGGAGGCAGCAGCUUAAUGAGUUUUUUGUUGCUCAUAAAGAUGAAGAGUGGUUCAAGAUUAAGUACCAUCCUGAAGAAUCCGUGAAAAGGAAAGAAGAACAACUAUGUGCUCUGAAGAAUCGCCUCAAUGUGUUCCUGGAACUGUUAGAUCAAGGAGAAUUAGACAAAGUAUCAGUGGAUGUUGACAAGUCCGAAAAGUUGAUAAAACUUCUAGAUACUGUGGUCAUCAAGCUGGAAGGAGGUACUGAGGAAGACCUUAAAGCGUUAGAUGAACCGCCGCCACAAGAAACUAAUAAUACUACUAGUGAAAAGACAGAUAAAGGUGACUCCGACAAACCAGUGGUUAUAGAUGUUGACGCUGUAAAAGUAAAAGAGGAAAAGGAAGAUGAAGAAAAUAAAGAAAAGGACAAGCCUGAUUCAAGUCCGAAGCCUACUGCUCCGCUGACGAUGGAGAUUGAUCCACAGUUGCGCCAGUUACAAGAGCAGGCCAAAUUAUUCUCCCGCUUUAAUUCUGUAACAGGCGAACCUGAGCCUGAACCUCAAGAAAAAGAGCCACCGCCUCCUGGAUCAUCAUCAAGCUCGUCAUCAUCAAGCUCCUCAUCGUCCAGUUCUGAAGACGAGGAUGAAUCUAAAAUUCGCCGCAAAUCCAAAUCUAAAUCGAAAACACCAGACAAGUCUCCAAAGCAAAAAGACAAGUCUAAGUCACCAAGUGUGGAAAAAGAUUUAGAACCCACUGAAAAUGACAAAGAUAAAGAGAAAAAUGGGGACGAAAAGUCAGAAACCGCAAAUGAACCUGCAGCUGAGAAGAAGGAAACCAGGGCUCUGCAUAAAACUACUUCGAUAUUUUUGAGAAACUUGGCUCCUACUAUAACUAAGGCAGAAGUAGAGGCUAUGUGCAAGCGUUAUGGUGGCUUCUUGCGUGUGGCCUUAGCUGAUCCGCUUCCUGAACGCCGCUGGUUCCGACGUGGUUGGGUAACUUUCCGACGCGAAGUCAAUAUUAAAGAUAUAUGCUGGAACCUCAAUAAUAUACGGCUACGCGAGUGUGAGUUAGGCGCGAUCGUGAACCGCGACCUUCAGCGUCGUAUCCGUGCGGUGUCGGGCGUGACGCUCGAGCGCGCCGUGCUGCGGGCCGACGCUCGUCUCGCUGCCCGCCUCGCACACUCGCUCGACACGCGCUCCCGUCUCUGGGGAGAUAGCGAGACCAAUGGCGACUCCACGCAACACUCGGAGAACUUCAGCUUAAACUCGAAAAACCCAGUACUUCACAAAAUAACGGAACACUUGAUUGAGGAAGCAUCUACCGAAGAGGAAGAAUUAUUGGGCCUCGAGGCGUCAUCGGAGUCGUCAACUCAAGAUCAAAUGGACCCUGAGCUGGUGCGCGUGUUAGACCGCCUCGUAUUGUACCUACGCAUCGUGCACUCAGUGGACUAUUACAACCACUGUGAAUACCCGUAUGAAGAUGAAAUGCCCAAUCGUUGUGGUAUCAUGCACGCUCGCUCAGGUCCACCUGCUAAUAAGCCCACGCAACAAGAGAUCCAAGAUUAUAUCAAAACAUUUGAAGGAAAAAUGUCUGCAUUUUUGCAAGAUGUUAAGCCUCUUUCUGAUGAAGAAUUACAAAAGCUUGGAAUUAAGGAUCCUGAUGCUGAAGUAGAGAAAUUCAUACAAGCCAAUUCUCAAGAACUGUCUAAAGAUAAAUGGUUGUGUCCACUCAGCGGCAAGAAGUUCAAAGGGCCCGAUUUCAUUAGAAAACAUAUUUUUAAUAAGCAUGCAGAAAAGGUAGAUGAGGUGAGGCGCGAGGUGGCAUACUUCAACGCGUACGUUCGCGACGUACGGCGGCCGCAGCAGCCCGAGCCGACCGCGCGGCAGGCGCCGCCCGCCGCACACGCCCCGCACGCGCCGCCACCCGCACCAUACGGCGGCGGGGCGGGCGUUGGGCCGCCGGCUGCGAGGUGGGGGUGGGGCGGCUGGGCACCCGCGCCUCCAGCACCUUACGCCCCACGGCACCCGCGCUUCUCACGACCCAGGGAGAAUGUGGAUCGCUCGCGGCCUAUUAUUGCAUACAACGAUCUUGACUUCCCGGACAGUGGUGACAUAUUCUAAAUGGCGUACCGCCAUGACCAUGAUAUUAUGUGCAGGAACAAAAUGUAUAAUUUGUACAUUCCACUUUUUUAUAAAACAGUAACUUCUUAUCACUUUUAUCUUUCAUAAUUUUAUAACAUAGUAUAAACACGAGCCAUUGAAACCUUUGUAUUGAAUAAAAUGUAUUGUAUCUAAGCCUUUCUGUUUGUAACUUUAGACACGUAUUAAUUUAUAAUUCAUAAAAUAAUAUUAUUUUUUGUAAUUUGCCAGAUUAGUGAGAUCAACUGUGCAUUAUGCUACUAUUACUGUAUUAAUAUUGCAUUUCUAAUGUAUGUUUAAUGAUAAUCAUGUUGUUCUAAUAUACGAAUAUUUUUUAAAUAUAUUUUUAAACACUAUGAGAAGUUACAAUAAACUUUUUAUAAAUGUAUCG